AGAAGACUGAAAGUUUGGAUCGAACCGCAAAGCGCCAGGGGGCCAAGCCAACAAAAAUAGACAAGCCUUCCUCCAAGCCUUCGCCGAUCUUCUUUUUUUUGGGACUGACUCGGACUUUCAGGCACCCCCUCAGAAAAAAAAAAAAAAAACGAUCGACGUGGCUUACAAUCUUCUAUACUGGAGCGCUUUAUGCAGCCACCACAACCACGGACCAUAUUUGUGCUUCUUCAUAUUUCUGCCUCCCCCCGCCGGUCGCAUUGUUGACGGAGGCUACGCUAGGAGAUCCACGGAUAAGAUAAUCGGGGCCAAAAGACAUCCGCCUCCACACUUUUCCCCUUUCAAACCCUCCACGUUCAAUACACUCUCCCACGCCAACUAGAAUGGGCUGGACUGUGUGUAAUACUACCGCGGAGCAUCAGAAGAUCGUGGAGGACGAUCUUUGGGAUGGCGGUAUCACAUUUCACCAACUCUGCUUGAUUGUCGCCGGAGUUUGCGCGUUACUGGCUUGCGCUAUCUCGGCAUUCUUGAUUAUGAGUCAUGCGACGCACUACAGCAAACCGAUUGAACAGCGACACAUAAUUCGCAUCCUGUUCAUGGUCCCCGUUUACUCCAUCGUCGCUUGGCUCAGCAUACUAUUUUACAACGAUUCCGUAUACUUCGAAGUCAUCGGCAACUGCUACGAAGCGUUCUGUAUUGCGGCUUUCUUCUCCCUCAUGUGCCACUACAUUGCGCCCGAUCUACACAGCCAGAAGGAUUAUUUCCGUGGGAUUCAGCCCAAGGCUUGGGUCUGGCCGCUGAGCUGGUUCCAGAAGUGGAAAUGCUGUUUUGGACAUCGCGGGGCGUGGCGCAACCCGCGCAGCGGUCUAACUUGGUUCAAUGUGGUCUGGGCAGGUGUCUUUCAAUACUGCGUCAUUCGAGUGUUGAUGACCAUCGUUGCGGUUGUUACGCAAGCCACCGGGAGAUAUUGCGAAGAGUCGAUGAGCCCCGCCUUUGCGCAUGUUUGGACCAUCAUUAUUGAGUCAAUUAGUGUCUCAAUAGCUAUGUACUGCUUGAUCCAGUUCUACAUUCAAAUCCGCAAAGACAUCGAAGAACACCAACCUUUCUUGAAGAUUCUGUCUAUCAAGUUGGUCAUUUUCCUUUCAUUCUGGCAAUCAACCUUUAUCAGUCUCCUGGUCUCUCUGGGCGCUGUGGGUGAGACAAAGAAGAUGGCCAUGGCCGACCUAAAGUACGGUCUCCCGGAGCUGUUGAUCAACAUCGAAAUGUUCAUUUUCUCCGUUCUGCACCUCUGGGCCUUCUCCUGGAAACGUUACGCCCUCAAUAACGAGGGUGCUGAAGUGACCGACUUCUACGGUAACGGAAAAGCAUCAUACGAAGGUGGGCGUUGGGGCUUCGCUGCCCUGGGCGAUGCGAUGAACCCGCUGGAUCUCCUCAAAGCUAUUGGCCGGAGUUUCCGAUGGUUGGCUGUCGGCCGUAAGACCCGCAUGCAGGACUCCAGCUACCAGCCUCACACCCAGACCAUUGGCUUGGAGCCAUCCGAGUCUGGAAUCACCAAUGAUAGCACGGCUUAUGGUGGUGCAGGCGCCGCCAUGUCCGGUGGUCGGACAGGCCGGUAUGCGGGAGACGAAGAGGGCGAGGUCUUGCUUGCUCAUGCCCAAUCGAACCCGUCGACCUCGCAUGUUGACGCUUCGCCAUGGGAAGAUGAUAGUGACGACUAUCUUCAGGGGCAAGGGCAGUCUGGUCGCUUCUAUGGACACCAGAACUCUUCGCCAUACGAUGACAUCGAGCAUCAAAAUACCGCCCAUCAUCCUCAAAACCAAGGGUCCCAGCCUUACCCAGCUAAUGGCCCCCUUAGAGAACAGAUUCCAAUGCCAAUGCCCGAUCCUUAUCACCCUCCGCCACCCUACCCUGAGAGCCACCACCAUCCAUGAUCUUACAUUGAUAGCUCACUUAUGACGUUGUUUCGUAUGGUCUUUGGGUCGUUUUUUUUCUGCGUCCGCAGCAGCGUGUUAUGAUCGGGAUGGCUGGUCUCCUCUUCCCUAAUGAAUGGUACUCAUGAACAGCAGCUGGUCGAGCACUCCGACCUUGAUUGUUUUUCUUCUUCUCUUUCUUGCGGUUCCCCUUCUUCGCUUCAGUCCCUUUUGAUGGAUGCGAAUACCCAUUUCUUUCUCAUUGACAUGUAUUUUUUUUUCUUUCCAUUCUGAUAUCUGAUAUCAUGUCCUUUUUUUUCAUUCUGAUGCUUUGCAUCUAUUGAGGCAUAUCCAAGCGAUGCUUAUUGUAUAUUUACACUUUUGUUUCUCAUGAAUCUAUUCCACAUUGAAGAUUA